GUUGUGUGACAGUGAAUUCCUUUUUGUUCCUCUUCCAGGUCCAUGUGAAUUCAGUAGUGGAGUGGAGUGGGAUAGAAUUAGUGGUAGAUGAGCUUUGUGAAGAAGAGAAUAUCACAUCAAACAUUUCACCAUGAUACUAGAAUACUGUCUGCUUGGUGCCAGUGCAGCUGCCACUGGACUCUUCUCGAUAUUCUGGCAUAAGAAAGCAAGGACUCUAGCAGAUGUUAAGGAUGCCCCUGUCUUGGAGCUGAAUGAAGACCUUGCUAAUAUGCUUAGCACCACACCAAACCAGACUAUCCCUUAUGCUGUCAUAGAAGGUAACAUCAAAGCAGUGGAACAGUCUAUCAAGAGUGAAUAUGUAGUAGGGGUCGUAGGGGUCAUUCAGACGCUAUUAUGUAGAGAGCACAAGACAGAGUGGAGCAAAUCAACAAGAUUAUGGUAUGACACAACACGGUUGAUCCGAGACACCACAAGGCAGGUCCCUUUUGAUGUAGCACGUGGUAAUGUAGUUGUAGGUGUUGAAGAUGCCCUUGUGGCUACUGGUCUAGAACUGGAAACCAUCCAUGACAAGUUCUUCCCCUACAACACUUCCUUAGGAAACAAUAUCCUCAGUUGGGCCAGCGGAGAAAAGACCAAAGGUUUCCAAGAAAUUGAACGUAUGCUCCCAGAGGGUGCUCUAUUAACUGGAGUAGGAGAGCUAGCCAUUGUUAAUGGUAAGAUGAUGUUAAGACCACCAACAACUGGAUUGGACUACAUACUCUCUUUGUCAGGACAGUCUGGCAUUCUACGAGAACUGAGAUCCAAACUGCGUCGGUGGAAAGUUCUAGUGGCUAUUUGUGGAUCAGCAACAGUUGUCAUGCUAUGUAUUGUUGUAUGGAAGUGGUUUAAGAGGUACCAAGAGCAACGUAAUUAUGACCUGUAUGUCCAACGAGUCAUUCAGCAACGGGCAGAACAGGCAGAAGGGUCCAAUGUGGAUGAUCUCCAUGGUAGAUAUCAAGAAAUGAAUUCCUGUGCUAUCUGUCUCUCCCGACCUAGGGACUGUGUACUCCUGAACUGCGGGCAUGUAUGCGCAUGCUCAGAAUGUGCAAUCGCUCUCCAACCCCCUCAAUGCCCUAUAUGCAGAGACAGGAUAGCUAGGAUUGUACCACUUUAUCAUGCAUGAUGUUAACCUAUGUCGUAUUGUUUAUUUUAUGUCACAUAAUUCAGUGUUGAAUGCAUUCUGGAGCAAUCACCAGUGUAGACUUAGGUUUAUCUUGUUCUAAUAUUGGUUUUAAUACCUGUAAAGCUUGAUUUAUUUCUAAUUGUCUUUGCAUUCAUCAGCAUUAGGCUUGAUGUGCAUCAAAGGCUUAACUUAAGAAUUCAAGAACAAGGAUUAAUUGUGUUGCAGUGUAACAGUAUUACAAUUCAUUAAUUUAUACUCUUGAUUAUGAUAAAUUUUGCAGCUUCCUAAAAAAAACCUCUGUGCUAUCAAAAGUCAAACUCUACUCAUUUAAUAGUUUACAUAUUGCCAUGCCUUUUGAACUCGCCCCAUUUGUGUUAAACCCCUCACUCAAACAAACUAUAUGAUUGUGCACUAAUUGGAAUAAAAAUGGUGAUAACUUGCAAAAUUAAAUAUUUAAGAGUGAAAUAUUUGAAUUUUGAUUACCAUCACAUACUUUAUUUUGAACAUCCAUGAAUUUUCUUUUCAUUGCCCACACCAAAAAUUACUUACCUUAUUUAUAUUGCUUAUAAAUGAAAAUCCCGAAGAGAUGAUACCAUUUUUAGGUUAUUUGUUCAUUAAAUGAAAUUUUUAUAUGCAAAUUUAUGAAAAUUUUGAACAUGAAAAACUGACAUGUUGAUCUCUCUCUUAAAUUCUAACAAAAAAUGUAUAAGUGAACCUCUAUUAUGUGUAGAGCUGUAUUGUUAUACAUGUACCUGUUCAAUUAAGCUAUAAAAAAAAGAUUAAAAUCAACUCUCUAGCCCCUUGUAUACCAAAGCUAGAUUAUGUUUCACACAAGAAAUGCAAUGGUCCCAUAGAUUCUCCUGUAAUUUAUACUGCUUCUGCUGCCCCUCAAACACUAAUAUUUCAUAGUAAUGAGAAAAAUGUCAUAAAUUUAUGUGCAUAAUUAUGAGCUCAUACUACAUGUAUCAGAUGACAAUACCCUUCUGUUCAGUCAAAAUAGUAUGCUUCUCUCUGAGGAUUGUUAAAUUUUUGUAUUUUUAUACAAUAGAUUUUAAGAUUUUCUUAAUUAAUUGUCAUUUAUAAUCAAAGAACCAUGUGCAGAGUAUAUUAAAGCUGAUCACUGAGAACAAAUUUCUCUAAUUCCACCAAAGUUAGCCAUGUUUAAUGCAUGAAAUGCAUAGCUGCAUAGAGUGUAACACCCUUCCCCAUGCUCAACUACCCUCACCCAUAUCCAUUUAAUCAGUCACAGCAUCCCAAAUUCAUGUGUUUAUGCCAUAAUCCAUAAGUCCAUGUAUAGUGUGGUUAUACAGACAUGAUAGAGUAUAAGCUUUCAGAGGACAACAAUUUAAGGACAAUACCUCUUGUUUAUAAAGUGAGAUACAUGUUUCAUGUGUUGAAGAGAACAAUCUUUUUUUGGUGUGAAUAAAAAACAACCCAUGACCCUAUAGUGAAAAUUUUGUAUUAUCAUUUAUUACUUUACGACUUUGUCAACUAUUCUACAUUUCCUUAUGAACUAUUAACUAUCUUCACAGUUACUAUGUCAUAUAUAUAGUAUUUUAAAAAAGUCCUUAAAUCUUGAAAAACUGGAAUGUCAAGUUUCCAGAUCUGCAAAUACCAGAACUUGACAAACUAUCAUCCUGCUCUAUCUUGAGCAACUGUCACAAAAGCACUCUUUUCUUGUAUUCUCUGUUACAGUAUACACUCUUUAUUGCAAUGCCAUUAGCCAAUUCAUAUUAUUACUACAUGUACCUACAUGUAUUUGCAGAAUUUUGAGAUUAUAACCUGUUUCACAUUUUUAAUGUGUAUAUAGCUGUAGUUCUUUCAGACUUGUCCAUGCCAUGUACACAUGUAUAUAUGUGCAUAUAAGGCACCCCAGAUUAUCUCCUAUUAGAUAUUUUACUAGAAACAUGAUUAAGUAUACAUGUACAUGCACAAUAAGAUAUCACAGAUACAGGCUACCUCAAUAUUGGUGUGUUUAAAGAAACCCUUGGAGCAAGUUUAGCUUGUAUGAAAACAAAAAAUCAAAGAAUAUAAAGAUCAGUGAAAGUUCAAGAAUAAUUUGACAAUCAAUAAGACGGUGAUGAAGAUAUGAAUGUUUAAAUCACUAAAAUGCUAUUGAGAUCCUCUCAUUGGCAAUGCAACCAAGGUUUGUGAUGUCACAAGUGUAGCUCUUCACUUUGUACACUAAAAAUAUACCUCAAUUUUUUGCUCAUUUUUCCAAAUUUACAAACUCUUGUCUAUGAUGUAAUUUUAUGGAACCCCUGUAACAUGUCCUAUCUCGCAUGAAAAACACCAAACUUUGAAUGAAAAUUUAUGCUAUGUUUAUUUCACAUGAAAAUACUACAGUGGAUUCACCUGGAUGUGGUAUGGGUAAGUGCGGUCCGCGGACUACAGUUAUUUGGUUAACUUUGCCCAAUGCCUCGCAGCUCAUCCAGGUGAAUCCAGUGUUUCAUUAUUUUUGUGUUACUGUAUUAUUGUUGUGUUAUUGUAAUAGUUAUUUUUUAUCAUUGUAUUUGACUUGUUUGAUAUUCUGCCAAAUAAAAUAAUAAUAAUGAAUUAUAAAACAAACAAACACCUAAUCUGUGGAUAGACUUGGUACAAAUGGCAUUGUAUGUAAAAUGUGUCGAAAAUCCAUUUUUUAGUUUUAGAACUGUGACAUCACAUUACGCAUGUUGGUCACAUUGCCAAUGGGAGGAUCCAUAUUAUGAUUGGUGAUGUCAACAUUCAAAUGCUCAUAACAUUCUUAUUAACUCUAUGUUUGCUAAGCUAUGAACCCCUCUGUGCUGAAUUAUUUUCAGGGAGGGGUCAGGAACGGUAAACAAAAUAGACUUGCUCAAUUCAACUCAAUAUUUUGAGGGGAAAUGUUUCUCAGCAAAGUUGUAGAGAAAUUCACAAGCUUUCUGACUUUAAUAUUUUUUGGAAAAUAUUGAUCAGAAAUUGGUAAAUAAUGCCUAAUAAUAAUUUCACAUACAUAUGGUAUUAUUAUGGUAAAGGAUAAAUACAAUGGAUUGACUGUUUGAGCGUGAAAUGCAAAGUUAGCGCGGCACUGAGUGUACAUUGGUGCAAACUACACAUGGAAAGAGUUAAUUGAUCAAUUAACUUUAAUUAAUUUUUUUCUUUGAUGUUUCCGUUUUUGCACCAGCUUACUUAUUCCCAGGGUUUUAUUCUUCUUUUCUUUGGUGUUAAACGGGCAUGAAUUAUAACUGUGUGCUUUUUUCUGCUUGGAUGAACUUUUUGAAGUUGUACACUGCAAUGGAAAUUUUAGCAUUUGUGCUUACAAGGAAAAUAAGUCAUAUGAUGUGUAGCAUUUAUAGCUAGUAGCAUUUAAUUCAUAUGAAUUGCAAUAUUUGCUGUGCAUCCUAUUACCUUGAUAAUUAUAUUUUCAAAGAAACAGACACCAGUGCCGUAACAUAAAGCAUGUCAAUCAACCAUGCAGUUGAUUUGUACAAUUAAUUAUGCAUAUAAUGUGAUAUUCAUCCCUGUGGUCAUUUUGUUAGGCUUUUUCUUUGUAUUGUUCUGUGAUUACAUUUUUUUGGGGUCAUAUUAUACAUCAUUGGCGUCCUUUGGCCAGGAGUCAAUCCACACUUUGCCACUCUCAACCCAGGGGUUGAAUGGGUACUCGGUAGGACGCGAAAACCUAUGUAGUAUGCAUAGCAAAUGAGUUUAAAACUCUUGUUGGAGUGCUCCCAAGGGAGUGGAGAAAUUGUAUACAUUUUGGGUGGCAUGCCAGGAUUCGAUGACCAGGGUAGUAAUAAUUGCAAUGUAAAGCACUUGGAAACAAAGUGUAAUAAGCCCUAUAUAAAUGUAACUAUUAUAAUUAUUAUAUCUGUUUUUCUGGAUAAGCACAAAGAUUUUGUUUAAAUUCUCACUUUGUAAAGUCUCUUUGUUUUCAAAUUUCACUGAAGCUUUCAGGGAUGCAGUGGUCAAAUACACUAGAAUGUUUCUUAUUCUAUUUGGAAUUAAUGAAUGAAUAAAAAAUGAAUUGAAA